GAGCAAGACUGUCCACCAUCACGUGUUUACAUGCGCUGCCUGCCAACGCCUGUACUCUCUGCUCCUUAUAUAUCAGACCUGACUCACUGACUGGCUGGCUGACAACACCACCGUGCCACCCGCUGAACACGCCAAACUGCCACCACCAGUCACCAGGCACCAGGCACCACCAGACGUCACCAGGCAGCAGCGUUUGGGCGAGGCUGCGUGGGAGUGAAGUGCGGUGGAGCGUGGAGGAACGGAGCCAUGAAUAAUGUGAGCAUUAACCCCAUGGAGGCGAUGGGUGUGCGAGGCAAUGCUCCGGCCACCUUUGAUUACGGCCAUAACAGGUUCCCCAAUGGUCUCCCUCCCCCCCCUCUGCCAGGCAUGGGUAUCCUUGUGCCCGGCCAGCCCCCUCCGCACCACCCCCCUCCAUUCCCCAACCCUGGUAUGAUGCCCCCCAUGCAUGACGGUCAUCCUCCCUCCCCCAUGCCUCCUCCCACCCCAUCACACCACAUGCCCCUCCACACACACUAUGCCACCGCCGCCACAAAUGCUCCACCAGCCCCUCCUCCCCACCCCAGGCCAUGGCUAACAUUCCCAUGCCCCUCCCCGCCCACAGUUCACCAUGCCCCCACCCAGAGAGCCACCACCCUCCCCUCACACUACACACCUCACUUUCCAUCCCCUCUUCCACCUGGGCCUCACCCCCGGCCUCACCUCCCACUCAGAUCCUCACCGCCUCCCACAGCCUCCCCACAGACACCUCCACCUCCUCCUCUCCCAUGUACACCCCUCCUCUCCCCCACCACUGGUUAUCAAGGCCAGCCACCCCUACCACCUCUUCCACCCCCUACCCCACAACACAAACCUGAUGUGUCUAAGCUACCCCCACCUCCACUGCCUAAAGACCCACCCCCUCUACCAGAGGCUAAGACCACCACCACCCCCAGCACCCUCCCCAUCACAGCACCGCCACUCCCCAAGCUGCCGUUCCCCGCCACACAACCCAAGAAGAAGGACGAAGUGGAGGGACCCAAACCAAUUCCAAGCAUCGUCACUUCUCGUCUCUCCUUCUCCAAGACCACCACCACCACCACCACCACACCCACCACCGGCGCCAGGGUCACGUGCAACACUGCAGCACCCCGCCGGGACACCCCAUCUCCGCCCAUCAGUGCUCCAUCACCUGACGAGGACGAUGACCCCAUACCUUCAGGGAGUCUUUCCAGCGACGAUGCGUAUGACCCAGAAGACCCCAUGUUUUCUCCGAGCUAUGACAGCGACUCCCCGGCUUCCAAGGAGGACAGUGUGGACUCCCUCAUCGACAAGUAUGUGAGGCGGCUCGGCAAUGCACAUCCUAGUGUCCACAAGUCCUCCUCCUCCUCCUCUUCCUCCUCCUCCAAGAAGUCCUCCCGCCACCACAGACACAGGGAGAAGAGGAAGAAGUCGCCACGCUCGUCUGUCUCCGCGUCGCUCACCCCAAGCCCGACCAAAGGGGAGAAGGGUGUGGUGGCAAGCUCCCCCUCCCGGCCAAACCUUGACGCACGGCUCAAGAUCAUGUUUGGGGGCACGCCGGCGGCACAGAAGGAGAAACGGGUGAAGGACAAGGCAAAGAGGAAGCUCAAAAAGUCACUUAAGCAGUUCCCGCGGCCGCCAACCCCACCCAACACCCUAACCGCAGCUCCUUCAGCCACCUUGCCACCCCCAGCAUCACUACCCCCCACCGCAGUCACCACUACACCCACCACUACACAAGCAGAUGACGAUUUUGAACGUCCGCUUUCCCCGACACCCUCCCCGUUCCUGUCACGCCACUUGUACCUCUACUGGCACCGGGAGACACUGAGGGCCCGGAGAGGCACUGUGGAGACCAAGACUAAGACACUAGCCCAGACCAAGCCUCAGAUUAAUGGCCAGGCUCUCGUCACGUCUCCACUCAAGGCAUCCAUUCCACCACUGCCGAAAAAUCUCCCCACAGUCCCUCCGCCUAACUACCGCGCCCCAAUGCCUCCUCCUCCUGUGGGUAAACCAAUGCGGGAGACGUCACUGAAGGCCGAAAUUAUGCGUAACAUCACCCGCAUGCAUCCUUAUAAGAGCAGUGACACUCGAGGACAUGCUGUGAGGCCAAACGCUGAUGCAGAGUUGGAAAUAAGCAGUGAGGUGAGUGGAGAAGAGGAGGAGGCUAUGGAAGGGGUAGUGGAAGUGGAGACAGUCAGGUUGGUGCUGGAUCGAAUAGUGGAAGAGCUGAAACACGCCCUCCGCCAGCACCUCACCAAGGAUUUAGUAGAUAUGCGUGUCUCGGUGUGUCUGGACGGGACGGAUGGUGGGUCGUAG